AUGUAUAGUGGAGCUCUUCCCUGCUCCCGCAAGCCAAACAAACAAGCGCAAGAAAACAAGCAAGCCAGCAAGCCCGCCCUGAUAAACUCGAGACAAGGGGUUUCGAACGGCGCACAUGAAUCUGUUUUCCAUCUCUCUGUAGCCAUAGCUAGCUGGGCCCGGCCAUUUCACAAAUUCCCAACGCGAAUUUAUUUGGAACCGAGAUUCAUUACAGAAGAGGCACCAGGUACCAGUGCAUUGAGCAGAUACCAAGACACGAACUCGUGCGAAGAGAAUAAUAGCAAUAAUCUAAUACUCCGUAGUGACCUCUUAGCCAACGUGGCUCACCGGAUAACAAUAUACCGGCAUAAGAGACGCGUUUGGCUUCUCUCCAGAGAACCAUACACAUAUCGAUCAUCAGAUCCACUACAAUUGGUACAUUAA